AUGCUUGGCAAAGCGCUUGAGAAAGUGUCUCGAUUCGCCUUCACGAAGAAUCGGGGAGAUCGCCCAGAUGCUGAGAAUGUCCUGGUUAUAUUGACCGAUGGACAAUCAGACGAUCGGAUUCGGGAGCCAGUUGAGGUGGCGGCAGAAACAUAA